GAGAGCCGAGAAUGUCAGUCAUGGCUGCUGGAGAGAAAAUCAGAUGGCAUUCAACUUUUCCCAGAAGAAAUGGAGUUUCUGAUCCGUAUUUACACAUCGGAUACCAAUCACUAACUCUAUGCAGCAGAAAUGGUCGCCAGUAAGGGGCCAGGGGUCCUACUCAUUCUUUCCUGGGUCUGCGUUUGUGCCAAUGCAGAAAGUUGGCCUUCAUCCUUCUAUGGAGAGAGUUACAUCCGGGUGCCGUUCCAGGAGGCAUCCAAAUCCUCUGAGAUCAAACUCUACUUCAAGACUCACCGCCCACAUGGCUUGCUGCUCCUUGCAGCAGGGACCACAGACUACUUUGCCGUGGAGCUCAGGUCCGGCAUUGUCAAGGUCAGGGUCAACCUGGGCUCGGGGGAGGCCACGGUACAGUCCACCCCGGGCCUACGCUUGGACGAUCUCCAGUGGCACUUUGUGCACAUAAACCGCACUCAAAGCAAAGUGACGCUCAAUGUGGACAAUGUUGUUUUGAGCACUGUUGAGACCCCAGGAUCAUACCAUGAGCUGAACAUUGAACAUGGAAUAUUCCUGGGGGGAAUUGGGACUUUCACUGAUGUGUACAUUGGAAAUUUCCCCAACUUCCGCGGGUGCCAAAGAGAUGUGUUUUUCAAUGGCUAUGACAUCCUGAGGCAGGCAAGACUUCUUAACAGCCCACUGUAUACCUUUGAGAUAUUCUGGGAUUGUGAUGAUGAGUUUGAUGCUGGCUCAUACAAGCCUAUCAGUUUUAACACAGAGACAUCAUUUGUGGCAUUCCCACAUCUGCAUAUACGAACAGAAGGAACAUUUUCAUGUGACCUUGUUACAAAGGCUGACAAUGCUAUUGUGCUGUUCAAUUCAGGCAGAAGGUCAUCCGCUCAAGACUUCAUUGCACUAGAAAUAUUGAAGGGGAAAUUACAAUUAUCCAUCAACAGUGGGAGUGGCAUAAUAUCUGUAUCAUCUGACAUUGUUGUGAAUGAUGGUCUAUGGCAUCAGAUCGAUAUGAUCCUGACAACAACGACAAUGGAGUUGUCUGUCGACGAGGUGAGACAAGAAACGACAUUCAACCUUGGUGAUAACCAGUACCUAAAUCUAGCUGGACAUAUGUUUGUAGGUGGUCUUGGACUCAAGGCAAGAACACAUGCCAUAAAAAUUGGUCUGGAGUCACUGCAGGGUGACCGAGGAAUGAAAGGGUCUAUGACUGGAUGCAUAAAGAACAUUGUUGUGAACAAAAGAACUUAUGGGUUCAGGGAUGUUCAGAUAUCUCGACUAGUUGAUCCUCAGUGUUCAGGACGUUUUCCCUGUGCACCUGAGCCAUGUAUUGAAGGUGCUAAAUGUGUGGAAGUAAACAAGGAAGACUUCCAAUGUGUCUGUGAUAAGACUGUGUGUACCAAAGAGACACCAGAUAAAAACCCUGGAGUUGGUUCCAGCAAUGAUCCCCGUGAAGUGCUAGCCAUUGAGGAACUGAAGGUUCAGGAAGGAGCAGAGGUUGCUAUUACCACCAAUAUUAUUGAUGUGAUAUUUGAUUAUCAGGCCUACAGGCUGAGGGAGUCUGCGAUAAUGUUCCAUGUGAAAGUAGCACCUCAGUAUGGACGUAUUGAUGUCAACUUGCGAAGAAGAAGGAAUGGUGGAAAGUUCACACUCCUUGAUCUGAUUGGUGAAAAAAUCUCCUAUAUUCACGAUGGAACUGAUACCAGAAGUGAUGAUGUGACCCUCGAAAUGACAAUAUCCCCAGAUAGCCAAAGUGUACCUAAGAAAUACAAAGGAACAUUUGCUUUUGUUGUGCCAAUUAAGAUAAUACCAAGGAAUGACCCGCCAAAGAUUAUCGUUCCUUCGGGGAAUGUUAUUCAGGUCAUUGAACGUUCAAAAUUCCAGAUGACAAAAUUGGUCCUUGAUAUAAUAGACCCAGAUUCUGAUCCUUCUAAUCUUGAAUACUCUGUAACCUAUUUGAGGCAGGGAGGUGGUUAUUUUGAAAAAUCCAAUGCAACUGGACAGAAACUGAAAACAUUUACUCAAGCUGACAUCAACACAGGAUUGAUAUGGUUUGUGCAUGAGGGUCAGUCUACUUCUUUCCUACGUCUUAAGGCAAGUGAUGAGUCCUCGAACAGCGAUGCCGUCGAUCUUCGAUUUACAGCCGUAGACAUGAAGCUUGAAAUUACAGCCAAUUCUGGCAUUUUUGUAUUUCAUGGGAUGUCCAAGCUUAUCCUUCCUGAAAACCUUACGACAGUCACCAAUGUUCCUUCUCAGCAAAUUGAAAUUAGAUACCGCAUAUCUCAGCAGCCAAAGUAUGGAGAGAUUCAAAGACGACAGCAUGGUGAUGAAGAGUGGACUCCAGUAGAAACCUUCAGCCAGAGACACAUUGACAAGAAAAGACUCAGAUAUUCUCAGACAAAUUUCGGCCAAUUUCCAACAUCAGAUAGUUGCAUGUUUACAGUCACAGCAAAGGAUGUGUCUCUGAGUGACACAGUGUUCCAGAUUGUCUUCCAGACUGUGACUCUGAGGCUGCAGAACAUUGCCAAGCUGGUUGUUCUGCACUCACCAUACACUGUCCUGAAGAAUGAACACUUUCUCGCAGUUGCUAAUACUGAAAUUCCAGCUGAUAGAAUUUUCAUAUCUAUUAUGAGGCCUCCGAGUCAAGGUGGACUGUAUAUUUUCAGAAACCCUGUCCGAGACGUGACUGAAUUUGAUCAGAGGAGAGCUCUAACACGCAACUCUAACUUCACCCAACAGCAGAUAAAUGAGGAAAAAGUCUAUUUCAAAGUUUACAAACCAUCCUUCAAGAAAUUUGAAGAUUUCCUAGAUUUGAAGAUAUCAUUUGCUGGUGCUGAAUCUAUUAUGACCCGCUUCUUGGUUGAGUACAUACCCAUGAAAAGUUCAGUCAGAUUUACCAACAAUGGUUUGAAGAACGUCAUAGAAGGUGGUAAAAAGGUAAUUGAAAAGGAUGAUCUUUUUCUUGAAAUGGACAGUUAUAGAGACUUUCAAUUCUCAAUCAUGACCCCAACAAAACAUGGAAGUCUUAAAUUGAUAGACCCAAGAUCUCAAGCUGUGCUUGCCAAUGAUAUCUCCAGGUUCACAACAAAAGAUAUUCAACAGGGGAAACUGACCUACCAGCACGAUGAUUCUGAACACAGCGAGGAUUCCUUUAUGUUCUCAGCUGCUCCAAUAAUUAACACAGCUGACAAAGCUAUGGAAAUUCAGGAAUUUUCCGGGACGUUCUCAAUCCAGAUUCGAAUGAGGAAUGACAACCCUCCUGCUAUUCUAAUCAACAGAGUGUUCCAUAUAGUAAAGAACAAGGAACGCCUGCUUACUAUAGAUGACCUUGAAGCUAUAGAUCCAGACAUUGAAUAUGAUUCUGACAAACUGAAAUUCACAAGAAAAGGGAUGAGAAAUGGGGAAAUCCUGGAUUCCAGUACUAAAGAACCAGUGUUUGAGUUCUCUCAGGAAGACCUGAAAGAGAAGAAGCUUGUGGUGAAGCACCGAGGAGCUGACAGUGAUCAGGCAGCAAUUUUUGUUACUGAUGGACAAUUUGUGAAACCAUUCCUGUUUCAAAUCCGUGCCUCAGAUCCUUACAUCAAAAUCACCAACAACACCGGCAUCAAGGUCCAGAAAGGUAGUUAUGCUUCUAUGACGACAACAAAUCUUAGUGUGGAGACAAAUGUUGAUGUCACACCUGAAGAAAUCAACUUUGUUUUGACAGAAGAACCAUCGAAUGGUCACUUGAGAAUAAGGGGUAAAAUGGUCUCUGAGUUUACCUUUGCAGACAUCAUUGCUGGGAAUGUCAGGUACUGGAAUGAUGGUGGUAAUGAAAUGGAGGACAAGUUCAAGUUUGCUGUUCUUGCCAAAGAAGCUAGGGUCAAUGGAGUUUUCCCUGUCAUGGUCUUUCUUGAAAGUCAAAUGCAUCCUCCCGAGAUAGUGCAUAACAGAUUUCUGGAAGUUCCUGAAGGUUCCAGUGCCACCAUCACUAAAGGACAUCUUCAUGUUGUCCAUCCAGCGGCUCUGCCCAAGAACAUAGUGUUCACCAUUGAAACUCUACCGUCACAUGGAGAUCUCAAGAUUAAGGGUAGAACUGUUCAAAACCUGGCCCAAGCAAGAUUUUCACAAUCUGAUAUUGAUUCCGGGCUUGUUGCUUAUGCCCCGAGAGAAGUAAACUUCUUGACGGAUAAAAUUGUGUUCGAGGUCACCAAUGGUAUACAAACAUUAAGUAAUUUGGAAUUCUUUAUAGAAAUUGUGCCAGCACAUCUCCCUCUGAUUGCUAAAAACCUUACAGUAAUUGAAGGUGCAAGAAUAAAACUGACAAACAAAAUGAUAAGUGUGAAAGGCCGAUAUUUCAUGGGAAAAGAUAUCAAUUUCAAAAUUGUAGUUCAACCUUUGCAUGGCUGGAUUUAUUCAAAUGACAGGGAAGGGACACAUAUUGACACCUUUACAUCUGCAGACCUUGCCAACAACAAGGUCUUUUAUGAACACAACAAUGAUGAAAGCCUAACAGAUUCAUUCUCAAUGAUUGCCCAGAUGGCUGACAACAGCAAGAGGAGCCUUCAGCAGACAGUGUACGUGAAAGUGAUCCCCAUCAAUGACAAGCCACCCCGUGUGGUGGUCAACAAGGUCCUGGAGGUGUGGAAGGGCUCAACCACAGUCAUAAGCAACCACAGUCUUCUCGCUGAGGAUCCAGACUCCUCAGUCUCAGAGAUCACGUUCAUGGUGUCUGGUGUCUACAGCGGUCAUGUGGCUUACAUCAACGACUCUUCACUUUCCAUUAACGAGUUUACUCAAGAAGAAGUUGAUAAGGGUCUCGUAAUUUUUGUUGAAACAGGUGAGGACGAUGGUGGAUUCAAGUUCCAGGCAACAGAUGGUACCAACUUGGCUAGUACUUAUCUGUUCCAGAUCAGGACAAAACCGCUUAUACUCACAAUGCAGGUGAAAAAUGACCUGAGAGUUUUCCCCAACACCAUGCAUCCAAUUACUGUAGACGUCCUGUAUGCUGUCACAAGUGAUAAAAACUUCAAGCGCAUCAUGUUCAGCAUAACAUCACAGCCACAGAAGGGAGAAAUUGUCACUUUGGUCAGUGGCAGGCCUCAAAGAGUGUUAUCCUUCAGUCAGGAGGACAUUGAAGGGAAGAAAAUAUUCUACAAGCAUGCUGGUUACAUCUCUGGUUGGUCCGACUCUGAUCAAUUCAGGUUUAAUGUGUCCACUGCUUAUGCUCAGCCUCUUCCUGAAAGAAUGAGGGUUGACAUUUCUUAUGGAAACAUCAACACUGGGAAUGAGAAUACAUUAUUGAGCAUGUCUAGAGCUGUGGUGGAUGAGGGUAGGGAAGUGGUACUUAGAAAAGAAAAUCUGGACUUGACCGAGUUGGAGAUGAGACUGAGACAGUUUGGCAGAGACAUCAACGUUGAUUACGUCUUGACUAGUUUACCAAGACACGGCAUGCUUUAUGAAGGUCGGAGGGAGCUACAGAUCCUUGAAACUUUCAAUCAGUCUGUUGUGAACAGCGGCAGAAUAAGAUACAAGCAUGAUGAUUCUGAUACUACUGAAGAUUCCUUUGAGUAUGCUGUGAGGAUUCAGAAAUCACAAGGCUCUGUUAGUCUUGCAGAUAGUUUUGUUACCAACUUUACGAUAAUUGUCAAGCCUAUCAAUGACCAACCAUUUAAAUUAGUUACUAGAAAUCCACAUGUUAGAGUGGUUCAAGGAGCUUCAAACAACAUCACAGGAGAAAAUCUGAAAACUACUGACCUUGACACACCACCAGAUGGCAUUGUGUACAAUAUUGUAACUGGACCUCAAAAUGGCAAGCUCAUUUUCUGGGACUUCCCCAACAUUAAAAUCACAACCUUCACACAGGCUGACCUGGACAAGGGAAGGUUGUUGUUCCAACAUGAUGGCUCCAAACAACCAGGGGCCUUCUAUUUUAAGGUUUCUGAUGGAAAGUUUUCACCUUAUUACAAAAUUUUCAAUAUCCAUGUUUUACCACUGAAGAUUGAGAUUGUUGCAAACAAGCCCGUGGAACUGAUUCAGUCACAUUCAUCUGUUUAUGUCACCACCAAGUACUUCAAUAUCACAACCAAUGGCCCUGUGGACAACAUUUGGUAUGACAUUACUAGAGGGCCUGAACAUGGCAAAAUAUACUUUCAGGAUAGUGGCACCAAAACAUUUUCACAAUCAGAUUUAGACAAGAAUGUCAUUCUCUACAUCCAGAAGGACAUGAAAGCGGGGUCCGAUUUUUUCAUGUUUGAUCUAUACACCAAAAAUAUUGAUUUCCGGUUGCGUGAUCAGCGAAUUGACAUCACUGUGAUUCCUUUGAUUAAACAAGGGCCUUUUGAAGCACCUGCAGGCUCUACAACAGCAAUAACUGUGUUCAGUCUUGAUGCUAGUGAACUUGCUAACAUAACCGGAGGUAACCCAACAUUUGAUAUUUCAGACCCUCCAAAACAUGGCAGUAUUGUGAAGACAAAGAGCAGAGGAAGGAGAGCCAUAAAUUCUGAUGACUAUGGAAAGGUGGAUUCGUUUACCCAUGAGGAUGUCAUUUACACAAAAGUGUAUUAUGUCGCCGACACACCAUAUGAUCCGAAUGUCAGAAGCGAUAACUUCAGCUACAGCUUACGAGCUACAGGCGUCCAGCCUGCUGGUGGAGUGUUUUCUGUCCAGCUUGAACCCCCUGAACCUGAAGCUGUGACAAAAAGGCCCCUCCGACCUCACUUGACACCGAGGCAUGGGGAUCGAGAUCCAGGUGGAGGUGGUGCAAGGCAACCAGAUCUAGACGAGGAUCCUUCAACAGAUGAUAAUUCAGACAAAAAGGAGUCUGACCCAACAUCUAAGGAAGCUCAGAAUCCUAACAUAAGCAAUGACUACAUUAUUGUGGCAGUGGUAGUGAGCUUGGUAUUACUCAUUGUAAUUAUAGCUGUUGUAAUUGUGUUGCUGUUGAGGCGGAAGAGAAGGCGGGAUAUGGUCCGGGAGGAGACCAAGACUCGACCUAAGCCUCGUCCAUAUAUCAGUGGCCCGCUACAACUGGAGCAGCCCCAUGUUCACAUUGAGCCUCAAGUGGAAUCAUCCCCAGGAGGGUAUGACCAAGCUGUGACCACAGGACACAAUGCUGCUAGUAACAUCCCAGUCAUUAAUGUAUCACAUGGUGAGGACUUCCCAGACAAACAUGUGUCCUCCCCUCCGAGGUCACCCGAUCUGAGUCGACAGGAGGUCAGUAAGACUGUGCCUGCAUGUAAGGUUACUCCUCUGAUUGAGAUCCCUGAGUCCACAACAGAGGAUGCCAGUGCAGAAGAUAGCCUCAAAUCUACUACAAGUGGUGAAAUGUUUAACUUUGACUGGAACUUGAUGGACCCUGACUUGCUUCAACAUUGUAGGACAACUACACCAGUAUUAAGGAAGAAUCAGUAUUGGGUGUAAUGGUAGAAUUCAGAUUCAGAAUUAUGUCAACUAGUCAAAAAAGGAUUUAUUUGUCAUUGGCAUUAUUAAAGUGAUGUCGGAAAUAGGAGGAUGUUUAUUUUGUUGUGAAUUAUCCAGGAUCGGUUUUGGUGAUCUCAGACUACUAGUGGACUUGCCCUAUUUUGGAACUCUGCAGUGUGCUGUUUUCUUGGGUGGGAGCACUGUAGACUUGACGAUCGUGCUGAUAGAUAUAUUGUGACUAAAAGCACAAAAUAUUAGUUUUGUCACCAUGGUAACCAUGAGGAGGAUGAUACAGACCUGUUACAGUUUUUUAGAUCUGAGUUCGACCAUCACAAGGGACUGUUUGUGUGGCAGUUUGUGAUGCGCUUCAGCGAGACUUUGUAAGGAUCAGAACCGACAAAUGAAGAUAUGAAGAUUAAUCAUGUUAAUGCUGGCAGUUUACAAUGAAGACUGACUUCUUGAAACUUCUCCACUAGUCUCAGUAACCAUAGCAAUGUUAGUGUGCCUCCUAGUGAUAGGUCUUGUGCACAUUUCAACAGUUUUGGGAUGCAAAAUAUUCACAUUUUGGAAUUGUGAGUUAUGUAAUCAUCAUCUAUUGUGUAGUGUUCUGAUCGAGUACCUGUAACAUUGCGGUCUUCUAGUGUGUGUUUUAUGCCAGUUGUCAAACUUGCCAAUGGUUUGUGUAUACAUUCCAUAUGUAUCACAGGAUUGAAUGUUAAAAGAAAUAUAAUUAUAUAUAUUAAAUAAAUACCUGUAAUCCUUGCAAGGUAACAAUAAUAGCCUUCUUUUAUGAAGUGCAAGAACAGCGAACAGUUACGAGGACAGUUAAGGCUUAAUUCAUGAUGAACUGUCAGAUAAAUAAUCCUGAAGGUACAAGCCAUCUGUAGUGUUCAUGCAGACAGUGUGCUUAAUUACAUUGCUGUUUGUAAAAUCUUUGACUCAGAUUUUGAGUCUGCACCUUUAGCUACUAGUCUGAAGCCUUUGUCGAAUAAGAUGCUGUUCGGUUUAGUAAGCUCAGCUAAUUUGACACAAAAAUCUACAGAAAUGAUGUUGAUGAGAGCAAAGUUUUUGUUAGUUGACACAAAUGGUUUUGGAACAGACUGGAUUUCUGAUGGCAAUACUGUGGCAGAUAGGUAGAUCUGUAGAAUGUAGCACUGUUUUCAUCAGCUGACAAAUCAUGGCUAGAAUUUGGUGUUAAGUAAUUCCUUAGCAUAACUGGCAUCCACUGACCUGUUGACAGGCAGAUAGGUUUGUAUUGCUUAUAUAUAUAUAGAGGUAUAUCUACUACCGAUAUUUAAUAUUAUGUUGAUGAUACACAUGUUAUAUAUUUGCAAUGUAGUUAAAUUUUGUAAUGAAUGAGAAUCCAUUGGGACUGUGUCCACACCUUUCUUUUACAAACAGAUUAGUGUGAGAAGGUCAAAACAAAAUGAAAUUUUGUUUAUAUGAAAUAAUGGUAGCAUUUGUGUGAGGGAGAAGAAAACUAAUUUAAAUCAGAAUGUUUUCAAUUCGAGUUUGACUUUCAAAAUUGUAAAAGUGAAACCUUGAAAAAUGAUGAGCAUAACGUAUGGCAUACUGAAUUGUAGAUCACAUACAAGAGGGACAUGUUUUUACAAAUUCUGCAUUUAAUUUUCAAAUACGUGGUAAUGCUCUUUUUAUUCUUUUGGAUGUUUUAUACAUGCAUUGAAUGUUUGUUUUUUCCAAACUUUAUAUGUUUAAAAAGGAUGGCAAGAUGUUUUGUGGUCAUUGACUUCAUGCUACUGUUGAUAACCUGACACGCUGCAUGAAUACUUCUUCAUUGGAAUGGUAGCAACAUUUGCCACAUAUUCAUCUUUUGAUGUUUUCAGUGUGCAAGGGUACAUUUUGAAACCCAAAAAAUCCAAAACCAAGUGACCAACUGUCUCAUAAGAUUAUCCACACACAAAAUAGCAUAUGGCACUCAAAGGAUACAUACAUGGUUAAGCAGACUUGCCAUUUACUGACACAUCUAGCACUUUGCAAUCUUUGUAUUCAACAUGUAUGACAAUAUAUAUUAUGAAUGUUUCCACUUGGUUUGUAUUGUUUUUCUUGCUGUGGCUUCAUUGUACUAUUGCAAGACAGAAUCAUCCAUGAGCUGGAUGAUUGACGCCAGUAUUUUCAAAUCUGUGUCAUUUUGUUGGGCCAACUGACAGCAUAACAUUUUCAUAAAUGUAUGUAAGAUCUUAUGUUCAAUGACAUAAUUUUGCUUUGUAUUUGGCAAUUGGCAAGUGUGUUAUGUGAAACGGAAAUACUUUUGUUAUUCAUUGAUGGGAAUGAAUUGUUUCUUGUUACCAUGGUUACCAUGUUCAAGGUAUUAAGCUGAUGUAUGUAGGCAGUAGAGAAGCGACUGAUGAGGAUAGGCCAGACAUCACAUGACUAUCCAAGAAGGAUCCAGCCCUGCUAAUUCUUGAUACCAGCCACACAUAUAAGCUUGGCCAGGAUCCAGCCCUGCUAAUGCUUGUGACCUUCUUGAUAUCUGCCACACAUGAGGCUUUGCCAGGAUCCAGCCCUGCUAAUUCUUCAUACCAGCCACUCAUGAGGCUUUGCCAGGAUUCAGCCCUGCUAAUUCUUCAUACCAGCCACUCAUGAGGCUUUGCCAGGAUCCAGCCCUGCUAAUGCAUUUAGAUUUGAUUGUAAGUUGGCAAGAUGCCACAUACAGCUAGGACACAGUCCCUGCUGUAGUUUGUAGAUAUUUAACAUUUACCUGCUAAUGUUUACAACACUGUGUUCGGGUCUGUAUUUCACUGAUAUGUCUGGAAGUAGUGACACUUGUAAGCUCGGUCUGCAACAAAAGUCCUGAGUCCGAAACUAGAGUCUAGUAAAAUGUAUUUCGUUGUUGAAAGAUUUGCUGUGUCCAGUCAAAAUACUGAGAUAAAAAUCUACAGAAAAUGCCGAAAUGCAAGUUCAGGCUAGAAGACUUAAAUAUUUUUGGUGCAGACUGUGACCUGGUCUUUUACUGUGUACUAUUGAGUUCUUGCUUUUAAGUACAAUUUAGUUUUACAACAUAUUGACACCAGUACAUCUCAUAGGGUAAACCAAUGUUUCAUUAUUUUGUUUACCUAAAAUUACAUGAAGAUCAAGCACCAAUAAUGGUAACUGGUUCCCAACCUGUCUAAAGAAAAACACUACUUAUUGUAUACCCUCAACAUGAGGCUGAGGAUGAAUGUCUCCUUGGUCUAAGGCAUGAUAGAGUUGCUACCCUUAGCUCUGCCAGGAGCCAAUGGUUUUGAAAUCCAGAUUUGCACCAAUUAUCAUUUGGUCUGUGCGCCACACCUGUGUUCAUAGCCGUCACCAAAGUGUCAGUUCAUCACUAAAUGUAGGGUAUACAUGCAGAGAUUUUAAGACUGCUUCAAUUUUCAUGUCUAUACUGUGUCAUAGUGCUCUUAAUAUUUCCUUCAGUAUUUUGAUAUGCUGUGCCAAUCAACUGGUUUGCAUGGCAAGGUAUUACGUAAUAUGAUUUAUCUUGUCAAGACGUAAAGUAUGUUAAUAAUAUUGGCAUAUUGUUAUCAGAAUGGGUUUUUUCAUCCCACAACAUAAUACCAUACACUCUUGUUUCUGAUCGAUAAUGCAUAACCGUUCAGAUAUAAAUUUACGAUUGGAGGAUAGCCAUUUGAAGAGUUUAACUACCAUCUGUUUGUUUUCAUAUUAAAGAAUGCUCCCAGACAUUUUAGUCAAUGUAAAACACACUGCCUGGUCAAUACUUCCCAGUUUUGUACACACUAUGUUCACCUAUCACUACAAUACAUAGGUUUAACAUGCAGUGUAGUAGUGAUGCACGUUUGACUUCAGUCCAGAAUUGGAGGCCAUGUGUUAAUCAUGGGAAUCGAAUAAACCCUAUAUUGAAGCAAUGUGCAGUGUAGAUGGCUGCACAUGUGUGGCACAUGUUGCAGUAUGUGCAUUGUUAUCUUGGCUCCUGCUGACCUCCCUCUUGCUGGAACCAGGGUGUGGCUUGAUUCCCUCUUGCUGGAACCAGGGUGUGGCUUGGUUCCCUCUUGCUGGAACCGGGAUGUGGCUUGAUUCCCUCUUGCUGGAACCAGGGUGUGGCUUGAUUCCCUCUUGCUGGAACCGGGAUGUGGCUUGAUUCCCUCUUGCUGGAACCAGGGUGGGGCUUGAUUCCCUCUUGCUGGAACCAGGGUGUGGCUUGAUUCCCUCUUGCUGGAACCAGGGUGUGGCUUGAUUCCCUCUUGCUGGAACCAGGAUGUGGCUUGGUUCCCUCUUGCUGGAACCGGGAUGUGGCUUGAUUCCCUCUUGCUGGAACCAGGAAGUGGCUUGGUUCCCUCUUGCUGGAACCAGGGUGUGGCUUGAUUCCCUCUUGCUGGAACCAGGGUGUGGCUUGAUUCCCUCUUGCUGGAACCAGGUUGUGGCUUGGUUCCCUCUUGCUGGAACCGGGAUGUGGCUUGAUUUCCUCUUGCUGGAACCAGGAAGUGGCUUGGUUCCCUCUUGCUGGAACCAGGAAGUGGCUUGAUUCCCUCUUGCUGGAACCAGGAUGUGGCUUGAUUCCCUCUUACUGGAACCAGGGUGUGGCUUGAUUCAUUGAUUAAAAAUUGUGACUACACCACAGUGCAGCUCUAUGUAUUCACGAAUGAUGGAGGAACAUAGUGUUUUCAAAACCUAUGAAUUAUUGACAAUGAAAGCACACAAGGACAAAUUAUUUCAUGCAGGAAUAUUGAAAUAAUUAUUCGCUUUGUACCAGAAGGAAUAUAACGCCAUGUCCGGAAACAGGUUAGAAGUGAUGUUUAGAAGGUUUUAAUGUACAGGGCAUGAGAUGACAUGUUUUGUCUGGGUUUUUUUAUGCACUUUUUUUUAUGAAAUCAUAAAAUUGAAGUGUAUUGAUUGUAACACAAUCUCCAUUUUUUUAGAAACAAAUGCAUUCUUGUGAGCAUUGUGAUCAAAAUGUGCUUGACAUCAGUUGAACAUUGAGGUCAGUUGUUGAGUGUAUGAGGUGAAUAUAUGCCCAAAGUAAAUACAUACCAAAAUUUACCAAAACUGUUAACCAAGGCUUUUUUUUUUGGUAAAUGUUUACCCUUAAGUAUUUUGUUCAUCUUCCUGACAUAAGAGGGUUAACUGACUUUAAGGACAAGUUCCCCACUCGCUGAACUAGGCUGGAAUUUCUGGACUCGAUCGUAGAAGCACCAGCGGCUAUCAUGAGUUAUGGUUGUUCUAUGUCCACUGACCAAUCAUAUUCCACCCCUCAUGUCACUUGCAUUUGCUUCAAACGAAAUGGUGGUGCCCAGUCAAUAUGAUCUCAUCGAUAAUAAUUAUCUUUACAGUAAUAAAAAGGGUUUUCAAUCACUUGAGCAGCUUGAAAAGAUUUGGAAAAUAUCUGUCAACACCCAGUUGACAGUACACGUGCUCUGCAAUUCCUGCAAUCGAACAAAUUCGGCACGGCAUUUGCCAUGUUGUUUAUGAACCAGAUGUCAUUUUCGAUGUGGGAUUUUGAUUGAACUAUGCAUAGACUCUUUAGUCCAGCAAAUAGAAUACUCAAUAAUUCCAUCCUAGUUCGGCAAGGGUGGAAACUGGGCUUUUAAAGUCACCUACGGUAAUUCCAUUGCCUCGGGAAGACACAUUUCAUUUUGUACAAGACACUCUGAACAGGAAGAAAGUGCCUGUUUAUGGAAAUUAAACAGCCUUUCAUAGUAGUACUGCAUUCUUAAACAGCCCCAUAUAGAUUCCAAAGUAUGCUGAUCAUAAGUGACUCAAUGCAUCGGUGGCUAGGUUCUUUGACUUGGUCGAUUGCGUGUCAUCAUACCUGCUGACAAGGAUCAUUGCUCAUAAUAUCAAUCAAUUGAUUGCCUGGUCCAGACUCAGUUAUUUACAGGUAUUUAUAGUUGGUAUAUUGCUGAGUGCAGGUUUAAACAACUAAUAAUCAGGCAAACAAAUUCAUUUAGUUUGGGUAUGAAUUAGACUGAAAUUUCCUGGUAUGAAUUUGUUUUGGGCAUGAGUUCAAUGCAUGCCCCAUAUCUUGUUUGUAGUUAUACCCUGCCUUUGAAUACUCAUCUAUUUGUUAACUUUUGUGAACAAUUUGUAUAGCAAACUAGUUUCAUAGUGCUUUUUUAAUCAUGUUUGUGGUACAUGCUGCAUUGGAUGCACUGGAGGAGAUUAUUUUGGUGUUGGUUCUGUGAGCAAAUCUUAGCAUAACAUGUUUAUGAAUUAAACAUGGUGAGUUUGAAGGUUUUUGUGCUGCCUUUUUUGCUAAUUUGUAAAAAGAAUGCAAAGUUGUUGAACUUCUAUCCUACUAUUGUGGGUUACUUUGAGUGACCAUUCAUGUACAGAAUACCAAAAUAAUUGGUUUUACACAUUGGUGUUUAUAGGAACACACACUUUGGUUCUUUUUCUCUUUACAUUUCUUAUGUAAAAAAUCAACUUUUAACGGAGAAACAAAAAAUAAUUUAUCAUUAGCUUAUUUUUGAACAUACACAUCGUUUAUUGAACAGAAUUGUAUAUUGCAUAGGUUUUUUAUGGUGUGUGCAUAACUUAACUACACCAACAAUUUGACUUGUAGAUAUGAGGUCUGUAAUUACUGGAUAUUGUAUGACGUUACCAGUGUCCUGUAUUUGUCAAAAGAGCAAGACACUUUAAUAGUGCUGACUGCGCUGCUUGAGAACAUUGCUUCAAAUACAUGUUUCAACACCAGCUAUAUAUCAGUGGAGAAUAAGAUGUUUUUGUUAAAUGUGUGUCUGUCCAUUGAUUAGAUCAUAUCACACAAACUAAAGACCCAUUAACAAAAUUGUCUUCACUUGGUGUGUGAACUGUGCACAUUUGAAUGCUAUAUUUGUUUUCUGUACUUUUAACUGUUUUGACAUUGACUAAUGUAUUGCCUGGUAUAGUUUUUCUGUAUGACUUCAGUUCUGUGAUAUGCAUGAGCUCAACCAUGUGUAAAACAUUACUACUAACUACAUCUUCUCUCAUCCUUCUGCAUCAUUCUCUGAAUUGAGAAAGAAAUAUUUAAUUCCAUUAUAUUCACAAACAGUUAGUGCUCUUUCAGGACAUAGGAACAAUGCCAUACAUUUUAGACCACUUGUCGGUGAUACCCACAAAACAAGAGUAUAUUGUUAAACAUUAUGUCAGUGCCAUAAAAAAAAUAGUUUUUGUUUUGGCAUAAUGAAUGCAUUAACAGUAUAGAUGUAUUGAAGGUUUGAUGCAGCAUGAUGCCUUGUUCCUGGAUACAAGGAUAGUUCAGUAAAGUUAUGUAUCGAUACCAAACUACAUAAGUUUGUGCAUAUAAGGAGGACAAGUUCAGUGGCGUGAAAUUGAAUUGUGAAAUACUGUUGACAGUAUGACCAGGUGCAUCCUGUCUGAAGUUUUUCUUAAAUGUACGAAGGGACUGAUCAUUUACUGUUUUCUCUUUUGAUUCCUCAGAUAUGUUUCCCCUGAUACGUUUCCUUAACAUGACAGAUGUGUCCUACAGUGUAUCAUGUCAUGAAUGAACCACCAGGGCACCACUGCCAGUUAACGUUUCACCACAAAGUGUAUUGUAACAGCACAAAUUAACAUCUUAUUUCUUUUGUUCUUUUGACGAAAUAAUGAAUUCAGGAUCAUUAAUCAUAGACAUGUUAACAUGCCAUCUUGGUCUGGAUGGAGUUAUGUGCACUUACCUAGCACAAAAUCCAUCAGGAAAAUGGGCCAGAUUCCUGAUGUUGAAGGUGACUCAGAUGACUUUUGGCCUCAGAGGUAUCCUUAGAGUGUGCAUAGUAGUGGAUCUCUAAACAUUAUUACACUAUUUCAGAACUUGUUAGAAACAUAUUUACAUAUCGGCAUGCAAUGUAGGUUUGAUAGAUAGAAUUAGCUGGAGCUAGUCUGUAGUUUAAAUCCUGAUUGUUGAUGUCUGAAGAUGUCACAAAAUGUGUCAAGUAUGUAUUUUAGCUAAUAGCUGGGUAUUUGUUGAGAAUAUUUCUGAUAUAAAUAACUUUAUUGUAGUUGCAAUAUGAGCAUAAUGUUGGCUCUUUUUUCAUACUGCAUAAUUUCACAAGUGAUAUUAGCUAACCUCAUUUUUGUGUGUGAUUUUGAAUCAAUUAUUGCAUACUUAGUACAACUUGCAUAUGAUGUACCCCUGGACAUGAAUAAACCUACUUAAUGAUAAA